GACGGUAUGUUGGAGCAACCGGAUCCUGAUGAUGCUGCCUCAGAGGAGUCAGAGAGAGACAUCUACAUGCGCUUCAUGAAGUGUCACAAGUGUUAUGACAUCAUCCCGACCAGCUCCAAACUGGUGGUGUUUGACACCACGCUGCAGGUAAAGAAAGCGUUCUUUGCUCUGGUGGCAAACGGAGUGAGAGCUGCUCCACUGUGGGAGAGCAAGAAACAAAGCUUCGUAGGAAUGUUGACCAUCACAGACUUCAUCAACAUCCUGACCAGAUACUAUAAAUCGCCCAUGGUUCAGAUUUACGAGCUGGAGGAACAUAAGAUCGAGACGUGGAGAGAGCUCUACCUGCAGGAGACCUUCAAACCUCUGGUCCACAUCUCACCUGAUGCCAGUAUAUUUGAAGCUGUGUACUCGCUGAUAAAGAAUAAGAUCCAUCGUCUUCCCGUCAUUGAUCCGGUCAGCGGGAACGCUCUCUACAUCCUGACACACAAGAGGAUCCUCAAGUUCCUGCAGCUCUUUGUGUGUGAGAUGCCGAUGCCGGCCUUCAUGAAGCAGACUCUGGAGGAGCUGUGUGUGGGAACGUACACUAACAUCGCCUACAUCCACCCAGACACUCCGCUCAUCACAGCGCUGUCCGUCUUCACACACCGCCGAGUCUCUGCGCUGCCCGUCGUUGACCACAACGGCAGAGUCGUAGAUAUCUACUCCAAGUUUGACGUCAUCAACCUGGCAGCAGAGAAGACGUACAACAACCUGGAUGUGACGGUGACUCAGGCUCUCAGACACAGGUCUCAGUACUUUGAAGGAGUCAUGAAGUGCAACAAACUGGAGACGCUGGAAACCAUCGUGGACCGCAUCGUUAAGGCUGAGGUUCACAGGUUGGUUGUUGUAGAUGAGGAGUCUCAUAUCGUUGGUAUCGUCUCUCUGUCCGAUAUCCUGCAGGCGCUGGUCCUCAUCCCUGCAGGUCUGGGGAGGAAGGAGUCUCUCCCCUCUCAGCCGACAGCCUUGGAGCCGAGUAGAGAGACAGACGCUGGCGACACUGAUGCUGCACAGAGCAGCCAGCAGGGGGAGACAGGUGAAGGAGGGAAGAAGGAGGAGAAGGAGGAGGAGGAGGAGAAAGGUGAAGGAGUGACGGAGACAGAGACAACAGAGGAGGGACAGACAAGUGAAGGAGGGAAGGAGGAGAAGGAAACAGGUGAAGGAGAGAAGGAGGAAAAGGAGACAAGUGAAGGAGGAAAGGAGGAGAAGGAAACAAGUGAAGGAGAGAAGGAGGAGAAGGAAACAGGUGAAGGAGAGAAGGAGGAGGAGACAGGUGGAGGAGAGAAGGAGGAAAAGGAGGAAAAGGAGACAAGUGAAGGAGAGAAGGAGGAGGAGGAGACAGUCAAACCGGAGGAGGAGACGGAGACAGUAAGGACUCCUCAGUUCAGAAAACAGCAGCCUCACUCCAGAGUCCUGCAGCCUGUAGUUGAAUCUCAGAUCGAGCUCUAUCAGAUGGAUUGGGUUGGACCUCAAAGCUGA